GCCCGCGGCCGGGAGGCGGGCGUCGGGCCGGGCGCCGCUGACGCGCUCUGGGCCACAAAAGGCCCGCGGGGUGGCCGCCCCCAGACGCUCGGCGCGGCCCGGAGGACCCGGACUACCGAGGCUCCUGGACGACGAGGAACCGCCCAGCAUGGCAUCGGAGAGUGGGAAGCUGUGGGGAGGCCGGUUUGUGGGCGCAGUGGACCCCGUCAUGGAGAAGUUCAACUCAUCCAUCGCCUAUGACCGGGCCCUGUGGGAGGUGGACGUGCAGGGCAGCAAGGCCUACAGCCGCGGCCUGCAGAAGGCGGGGCUCCUCACCAAGGAGGAGAUGGACCAGAUACUCCAUGCACUGGACAAGGUGGCUGAGGAGUGGGCUCAGGGCACCUUCAAAGUAAACCCCAGUGAUGAAGAUAUUCACACGGCCAACGAGCGGCGCCUGAAGGAGCUCAUCGGCGAAACAGCAGGGAAGCUGCACACGGGCCGGAGUCGGAAUGACCAGGUGGUCACAGACCUCAGGCUCUGGAUGCGACAGGACUGCUCUAGACUUUCCGCCCUCCUCUGGGAGCUCAUCAGAACCAUGGUGGACCGGGCAGAGGCGGAACAUGACGUCCUCUUUCCAGGGUAUACACACCUGCAAAGGGCUCAGCCCAUUCGCUGGAGCCACUGGAUUCUGAGCCAUGCUGUGGCACUGACCAGAGACUCUGAGAGACUGCUAGAGGUACAGAAGCGGAUCAAUGUCCUACCCCUGGGGAGUGGGGCCAUUGCGGGCAACCCUUUGGGUGUGGACCGGGAGCUACUCCAAGCAGAACUGAACUUUGGGGCCAUCACUCUCAACAGCAUGGAUGCCACCAGUGAGCGAGACUUUGUGGCCGAGUUCCUGUUCUGGGCUUCGCUGUGCAUGACCCACCUCAGCAGGAUGGCCGAGGAUCUUAUCCUCUAUGGCACCAAGGAAUUCAGCUUUGUGCAGCUCUCAGAUGCCUACAGCACCGGAAGCAGCUUGAUGCCCCAGAAGAAAAACCCAGACAGCCUGGAGCUGAUACGGAGCAAGGCAGGGCGAGUGUUUGGACGGUGUGCUGGGCUCCUGAUGACGCUCAAGGGACUUCCAAGCACUUACAAUAAGGACUUGCAGGAGGACAAGGAGGCUGUAUUUGAAGUGUCAGACACCAUGAGCGCCGUCCUCCAAGUGGCCACUGGUGUCAUCUCUACACUGCAGAUUCACCGUGAGAACAUGGCACGGGCUCUUAGUCCUGACAUGCUGGCCACCGACCUCGCCUACUACCUGGUCCGCAAAGGGAUGCCGUUCCGCCAGGCCCAUGAGGCCUCAGGGAGAGCUGUGUUCCUGGCCGAGACCAAGGGGGUGGCCCUCAACCAGCUGUCGCUAAAGGAGCUACAGACCAUCAGCCCCCUGUUCUCUGGCGACGUGAGCCGCGUGUGGGAUUAUGGCCACAGUGUGGAGCAGUACACCACCCUGGGGGGCACAGCGCGCUCCAGCGUCGACUGGCAGAUCGGCCAGGUGCGAGCACUGCUGCGGGCCCAGCGGGCCUAGAGCCCUCCCCACCCCGCUUCUCAAUAAAGCUGGCUCAAGAGGAG